GUUAGUGUAACUGCAGUGUACGCCUACGCUCUCUAAAACCUCCAGAACCUAAGUAGUGAAAAUACGAAAAACGUCGUCGUUCUCUUCGGCAUGGAAUUCACUCAGAGUGACUUUGAUCGCUUACUGUUGUUCGAGCACACGCGAAAAACCGCUGAAGCAAAGUAUGCAGCAAACCCUCUUGAUGCUGAUAAUCUGACAAAAUGGGGAGGAGCUUUGAUUGAGCUGUCAGCGUUCCAGGAUCCCAGGGAUUCAAAGAAAAUGAUCGAUGAUGCAAUUUCAAAGUUGGAUGAGGCUUUGCUGAUUGAUCCAGCAAGGCAUGCCACUCUUUGGUGCUUGGGAAAUGCCCACACGUCUUAUGCAUUCCUAACUCCUGAUUUUGACGCUGCAAAGGUUAAUUUUGACAAGGCACGUGAGUGUUUCCAGAGAGCUCUUGAUGCGGAUCCUGAGAAUGAGCUUUAUAAGAAGUCCUUGGAAGUUACUGAUAAGGCCCCAUUAUUGCACAUGGAGAUCCACAAAAAUGGGCUUGGUCAGAUGACUGGUGGUGGGGCUUCCUCUACACCCUCAAAAAGAAAGGAAUCAGCAAAGCAGAAGAGCAGUGACCUCAAGUAUGAUAUAUUUGGAUGGGUGAUUCUUGCAAUCGGUAUAGUCGCAUGGGUGGGAAUGGCCAAAUCUCAAGUUCCACCACCACCUCCAAGAUAAACAUGUUAGUUAUCUUUUUAAGGUACCUUCACCAAGAUUAUUGGCUUAAAAGGUCAUUUCACUAUAGGUUUGCAGUUAUAAAAUAGGUAGCGCAUUUGUGGUAUCUGCAUGCUGGCUAUAUCUAAAGGCUUGUCUUUCUUUUUUGCACUUAUGAAAGAUAUCUUUUUGAA